AUGGUUCCGACGUACCACGAGUGGAUGCAGGACCCGGAGCUCUUGGACCUCACGGGCUCCGAGCCGCUGACCUUGGAGGAGGAGUACCAAAUGCAGCGGACCUGGCGCGACAGCGAGGACAAGCUGACCUUCAUCGUACUGGAUCGCAGCCUUCCUGCGGAUCCGGCACUCGGCCUCGAAGGCGGAGCAGGAGCCAUGGUUGGAGACGUGAACGUCUUCUUCUCCAAGGCUGGCCUGGUUGAGGGCGAGGAGGAGCUAGGUCUUUACGAGGCUGGCGAGAUUGAGGUCAUGAUUGCUUCGAGCUCCUCACGGCGACGUGGGUUGGCUAAGGAGGCAUUGUCAUUGCUGCAGGCUUACUGCAUCGAGCACCUCAAGACGAAACACUUCGUGGCAAAGAUAAAGGACCACAACGCACCUUCCGUCGCCCUCUUCGAGCGGCGGGGCUACCGUUUCAUUAAGCACGUGGAGGUCUUCCACGAGCUCGUCUAUCAGUUAGACGUACUUCCAGCUGCAAGCAAGGCCGACGAGGACGAGAGAGCGAAAGAAAGGCGGAAUGCUCCUUCAUGA